AUGAGUGACCAUCAUCCAAAGGGCAUGCCCGAUAUUCCGGGACUGGGCCCCGGGGGAUCCUCAAUUCCCCCGGAAAAGCCCUACCCUCCUGCUUGGUUCACCCAACAGUUCUCUCGCUACGAUCCAAACUGGUGUGCUCUUCCGGCUGUUCCUCUUUCGGCCCAGCGUAAACCCAACUACGCCGAACAGGUUAUUCCCAAGGAUUUGUGGGCCACGUGCGAGAAGGAAUUUGGACCACCUGUUACUACGGAGGUCUACUCACCGGCGAUGGCUCGUGCUGCGGAUGAGCCUAAUCCUUACACUACGGAGCAGUCGUGGGGCCGUGGUAUCCCAUCUGGCCUCGGGGAACCGCUUACUAUCGCCGAUUCGAUGCACCUGGAGCUUUGCAAAGACUUUCCUUUCAUCCUUGAGCAAGCCACUGGCCAUGGUAACUCGUCACAGGCCGCUCCAGCAGCUCUUGAGGCCCCUUUGAAGCAGCAAGCUCCAGCUUCAGCCGACCCUAACCUUUGCGCCGUUGUACCAUACACCGGCCAUGGUAACAUUUCGCAGCACCAGCCAUCUCCCGCUGCUGCACAUCAUGGACGGAGUGAUCUGGAUAUUCAACAGAUCGCCAGUUUGAACCGUCCUGGUCCGACUUUUGCCCCACCUGGACUUGGUUAUUCUUAUGCUCACGCCGUUCGGUAUGGCGGCGCUCGGUUCCCUCCACCCGGUCUUCCUCACCCUCGCCGGAUUCAAUUUAAUCCUGCUCAUCCUGUGCCUACAGAGCCUGGUCACGCUCACGGAGACCCUGGUUCUCAGAUCUACCAGGAGGUUCCCCAAUUCCCUCCACUCGGAUCUUUCAAAUACAGCCCUCCUCGCCGCUUCAAAGUGACAAACGUUGAUACUGACCUCGAAGCUUUCGCUGUGCUGAGGGAGUUCAAGGACUACGAAACGACCAUUGGUCCUUUCUUCUCGGAGCUGAACACCAAGGGUCAAUUCUACAUCGGAUUCAGCGAUCUCAAUGAUGCACUCAAAGCGGACGAAAAGUUCAAAAACAUGAAACUGGACUGGGAGAUUCAUUACAUGGAGGUGGAAGAAUUCGAUAUCGCCACCAAUUUGGCAUUCCCACUGCCCACAGAGCUUGAUGACACGGUCAUUGCUACACUUUACUGUGGCCCCCAGUCUGUGGUGAAUGCUUCCAAUGUCACACUAUUCGGGAGGCAAUUCCUUGAGUUGGUUGGACCUGUUUAUUCCUGCGAUCUGAUGGAAUCCAGCAACGUGGAAUAUUCUGCCGUGGUUCGGUCCUAUGACCUGGAAGUUCGAUACCGCCAUCUCAAUUCAGCCGUCAACGCUAUCAGGGCACUCAAUGGAGUUCGCACAGAGGGACAAAUCAUUGAAGUCAUGGCUCGCGACAGCGGCCACUUUGCUACUUCAACCAGGGCCCGUCAUGAGUAUGAGGCUGGCGUUAAGGCCCGACAAUCCGGUCGUCGUGCCGCAAGGACUCCCUCCAGCCGCGGCAAGCCUGGCCGCCGUCCCCCACUGACGCCCAGAGGCGAGGAGCCUGCCAAAUCUCCUCGCGAACGCGAGAACGAGAUCGACCUGAACGAGAUCUCGUACGGCCGUGACCAGCGAACUGCGGUCAUGUGCCGAAACAUCCCCGUCAAGAUGCACUGGAGAGAUCUCAAGGGCAUCUUGGACAAGAGUAGCGCUGGGCGCUACAAUUAUUUGUAUCUCCGAAUGGACUUCGGAGCAAACCUGAACGUGGGCUACGCGUUCAUCAAUUUUGAGAAACCCGCCGACAUCAUCACGUUCGUGCGGGCCCGCGCUGGCCGUACCUGGCCUGGUUUCGAGCGAUGGACCGACAAAAUCGCCGAAAUCACCUACGCCGAUGUCCAGGGAAUCGGCACCCUGGUUGAGCGAUUCCGGAACAGCCCGAUAAUCCUCAACUUGCCGGACAACCGGCCAAAGUUGUUCCACACCCGUGGACCCAAGCAGGGGGCGGAGGCAAGCUUCCCUCCUGUCAACAACUUCUACACCCUGUCCAUGGGUGUUCAGCGCAGCCAGGGUGACGCUGGCAUGUAA